UUUAUUCGUCAGACUCAAACGGAAAGCGACUUUAUUCAGGCUCACACGCGUCUCAUUAAACGUUCAGAGCUCGCGUAAAUCAGAUGUCCGUUCAUUAAAAUCGUAUCAUCUCCGAGUCUGAACACUAAACGUGAUUUUGUGAAGAAAUGAACGCGACAGCAGAUCUAGAAAUGAACGCUAAAUCCGUUGUUGACGAUCCGCACGUCAAAGUCACGCCACGACGAGGGGGCGUGUCCUUAAGAAGAAGACCUCCAGAUUCCAGAUGUAACGCCAGGAGCGUCAAUUCAGGUUUUAAAUCUCCAGUUCAGAAGCCUAAUAUGGAGAAAUCUCCAGUGUGCCCUGAGGAAGAGGUCAAAGAGCUCAAGAAAACACUUGAUCGGCUGAAUUCAGAGAUCGCCUUGUUGGAACAAGAAGGAUUUGUUGUACAAGAGCUGGAUCAACACAUAGACCUUCUGCACGAAUACAAUGACAUCAAAGACAUCACACAAACUCUGCUGGGCAGAUUAGCUGGCUUGCGUGGAGUGACCACACGAGACUUGUAUAGUCACUUCGGCCUCGAGCUGGACGACUGAGCUUCAUGAGAAGAGAUCGAGUAACUGCAAGGCAUCUGAAUCUGAAUUACUUUUAUGUCUUUGCAGCAAAUAAGCCAGUUAGUGUUGUUUUCUUCAUACUGUUGUGAUAGAUGAGACAAAUUUAGAAGUUUCGGUACAAUUAACAUAAAAAUGUACUCACCCUCAGGACAUCUAUGCAGUAGAUGAGUUGUUUCUUCAUCGGAACAGAUUUGGAGAAAUGUAGCAUUGCAUCACUUACUCACCAGUGGAUCCUCUGCAGUGAAUGGGUGCCGUCAGAAUGAGAGUCCAAACAGCUGAUAAAACACCACAAUAAUCCACAACACACCAGUCUAUCAUUUAACAUUGUGUGAAAACCUGCGUUUAAAAUGCAAUAAGAUGUUUUUAACUUCAAAGCAUUGUUUUCUGGUUAAAAUACCAGUCCUUAAUCCAUAACAUUGCUUUCUCCAGUGAAAAAGUUGUCUCAUCUGAAUCAGUCUGGAGAGAAAUAUGCACAGAUCACCUUUUACAAGCAAAAAACUGUUCAAAAGAAAUAUUCAAGUGGAUUUUGCCAACAUAGAAUGGACUUUUUACCUCGAGGAAGCAUUAUUAUGGAUAAUAAAAAUCAUAUUUUGGCCAGUUUAAAGUUCUUAAUGAUUGAUUUGUUUCUAACAAACAUGCAGCUUUUAACUUCUGACGGCACCCAUUCACUGCAGAGGAUCCACUUUAGUAAGUGAUGUAAUGCUACAUUUCUCCAAAUCUGUUCUCGUGAAGACUCAUCUGCAUUUUGAUGGCUUGAGGAUGAGUACAUUUUAGCCUGAACUAUUCCUUUAACUCUGAAUAAAUGAUACGUAUAAACCUUCAAAGAAAUGAAAAGGCUUCUGUCAACAUUUUUAGAAGACUUGCCUCAGAGUUUAUCUAAGCUCCUGCAAUGGACACCGUUUUCCUCACAUUGUGUUUGUCCCAAAAACAAGGUGUUAUUGUUCGUGAGAGAUUGUGUAUCAAAAACCUGUCUACCAUCCAAAUCUGAUGAAUUAAAGGAAUAGUUCACCCAAAAAUGACAUUUCUGACUUGAACUUGACUUUCAUGUUGUUUCAGAAUCUGUAUGAUUGACUUUCUUAUUGGAACCCGAGAUGAAACUUUGAAGAAUAUCCACAUAACUCUUAUUUAAACUUUAACAGUCCAUACACAUUGUAUGUCAAAGAGCAGCAUGGACAUUCUUCAAAACAUCUAAUUUUGUGUUCCACUGAAGAACGCCGGUCAUUAAAGUUUGUAACAGUUUAUAUAGUAAUACAGUGUUUGUUUAUGGGUGAACGAUUCCUUCAGACAAGACCUAUGGCAAAUCAAUUGAACAAUGUAUUCCUGUUGAUUUCCAAUUUCAGUGUGUUAUUGUGUAAUCACAUGAAAUCAACAUAUAUAUGCAAUUUUUGAGUGAUUGAUCAAAUGUUUUGUGUUACAAAAACUGAUCCAACUAUGUUAAAGUUGAACUAAAUACACUUUAUGAAAGUUAUGAUCAUGAAUUAUGUUGUAAGUUGUAAAAUAUUAUCUAACAUGAUAUUCAAGGUGAAGUGGAAAGAUGAAAUGAAUGAACCAGAAAAUAUUGUGAUUAGUAUAAAAGAGCAUGAAUAGAUUCAUUUAAAAGUAAUUUGAGGCAUUUGUGACGUCAGUGAGUGUCAGGGCUGGUAAUUACAUGUAGAUGAAAGAUUGUUUGGUUUUUAAGGUAAAGUAAUUGGUACUGGCUGUGCAUAAUAAAAACAAAAACACAUUAAUAAAGGAAAAUAUGGUAAAUCUGAUUUUGCAUCUAUAGAUAGAUAAUAAUCCGGACAUUUUUCCAAAGCAAUUUUGAUGAGCAUUGUCUGAACGUUUCCGGAAGACCUAUUCAUUCAUUUUAAAUAAAUAGAUAAUCCUUGUCUCCAUGUCAUUUCAAUGCAUUAAU